UUUUGAUGGAUUUUGAUUGGUCACCAGUAACAGGGGUGUGUUUUGACUGUUAGCGUAAGUCAAAGCAGUCAAUAAAAACCAAGCAUGGGUCCAGCAAAAUCCUUGCAGAUCCAUCUCUAAUUAAGCAGUCAUGAGGUUUCUGGUCUUUUCUCUGCUCCUCGGAGUUGCACUUGCCACAGAAGAUGACAAAAUUGUGGGAGGGUAUGAGUGCAAACCUCAUUCCCAGCCCCAUCAGGUGUCUCUGUACUCUGGCUACCAUUUCUGUGGUGGCUCCCUGGUCAACGAAAACUGGGUCGUGUCCGCUGCUCAUUGUUACAAAUCCAAAAUGGACGUUGUCCUUGGUGAGCACAACCGUUGGUGGUUGGACGGCAAUGAACAGACUAUUCCUGCUGACCUUAUAAUCCUUCAUCCCGACUAUGUGUCCUGGUACCUUAACAACGACAUCAUGCUUAUCAAGCUGAGCAGACCCGCCAUCAUCAACCAGUAUGUUCAGCCUGUGGCUCUGCCCACCAGCUGUGCUCCUGCCGGCACCAUGUGUACGGUCUCUGGAUGGGGUGUGACCAUGGACUCCUCUGCUGACAGUAACAGGCUGCAGUGCGUGGAUAUCCCCAUCCUGUCUGAUGAAGACUGUCACAACUCUUACCCUGACAUGAUCACUGAGGACAUGUUCUGUGCUGGAUACCUGGAGGGAGGAAAAGACUCCUGCCAGGGUGACUCUGGUGGUCCAGUUGUGUGUAAUGGUGAGCUGCAGGGCGUUGUGUCCUGGGGCUAUGGGUGUGCUGAGAGGAACCACCCUGGUGUCUACGCAAAGACUUGCAUUUUCACAGACUGGCUGCAGAGCACCAUGGCUGCUAACUGAGUCCUCCCUCCACUACAGCUGUUUGGAUAAUGUGACCUCUUGUGUGAAUGAAAGUUAUAAUGGAAAUAAAAUAAACACAACAUUUCCACUGGUA